AUGGUCAUGUCCAACCGCCCUGCCGAAGCCGCAUUCAGCACCGGCGCCAUCAACGCCCGCACUCAGCACACUGCAAAAGCCUCUGAUUCCAUCCACGCUGCACUUGCAAAAAUUAUGCGAGCAACCCCUCACCAUGACGAGCAAGCCACACCCAAACUCUCCUUCCGCCAAAAGCUCCUCCGAUUCCUAAAAAGUGUAUCCCACAAACUCCAUCAAGUCAAUUCUCGGACCCCCAAGCCUACGCCAGCAGCAACGGAGACCUAUCAGACAGAAGGGACAGUUUUCAAUCUGCUAUCACAUAUACCGGUGAUUGAUCUGGUCAUGCAGGAUGAGGAUGAGAAGGAUGAUGACGAGGGUGAUGAAAGACAGCCAAGGAGGGCCAUGGAUCUUGGGACACAUGUGGAAAUGAUAGAGGAGUUUCGAAAGGCGACUAUGCACACAACUGCGGUGGAUCUUCCGUGCGAUAUCUGGCACGCCACGCUGCUUAGGAGCAAAAGGUGGUAUUAA